AUGCUGGAUUUCGAGGACCAACCCGCUCAACUGCCUUCAGAUGAAAAGCACUACCUGGCACAGCAUAAUCUAUUCAUUCAGUUCCCUGACCUUAGAGAUGACAUCCUCGUUCCAGACUAUGCCUAUGCCACCGGGUUCUACAAACACCUUCCGGAUUAUAAGCCACCGAACAACGAAGAGGGGAUAAUUUUCAACCAUUGGUUGGGGCCAGAAAACACAAUAUCCCCGGCGCACAUCGACCCGUAUAACAACCUGUAUGGUUUACCUGUCUAA